GCUACCAGCUCUGUGACAACAGCGUGGGCGUGCUGUUCAACGAUUACACUCGUCUGAUCAUGUACACCGACGGAGACAGUUUGCAAUACAUUGACAAGACGGCGACCGAAUCCUACCUCAGCGUGCGCUCAUACCCCACGGCUCUCAACAAGAAGAUCACACUGCUGAAAUACUUCCGCAACUACAUGAGCGAGCACCUGUUGAAGGCUGGUGCCAACAUGGCACGGCGGGAAGGAGACGAGCUGGCGCGGCUUCCGUAUCUCUCCCUCUGGUUCAGAACGAAGAGCGCCAUCGUCCUGCACCUGACCAACGGCACCGUUCAGAUCAACUUCUUCCAGGACCACACCAAGCUGAUCCUGUGUCCACUGAUGGGCGCGGUGACGUACAUCGACGAGAAGCGAGAGUUCCGCACCUACAAGCUGUCGCUGCUGGAGGAGUUCGGCUGCUGCAAGGAGCUGGCCAGCCGCAUUCGCUACGCCAAGCUCAUGGUGGAGAAGCUGGCGGACAGCAAGCCCCCCACCACCGCACAUUAGACCCCAACGUCUUCAAUCACCGACCUCCUCUCCCAGUCUGGCUGCGUCUCGCCGGACGGGACAGACUUAAAUCCUCCUGUAUUUUAUCCACGGGUUGCAGUGUAAUGAUUUUUAUGUCGUCUCUGACGCUCUGAAACGCACCUUGACGAUUAAACUCCCAGGUGUUGUACAUGAAAAUUUAAUUUCAGUCUCUCAGCCACUGAUUGUUCUGCUUUUUUUCUUUUUUUUCUUUUGUUAAUAGAAACUCACUUGAACUCUUGUUAUCUUAACUCUCUUGAUGAAGCUUACUCUUGACAAACACAUUCCCACUGAUGUAAUCUGAGGGAGCCGGAUCACUGACACAACGCAGGAUCUGACCCCGUUUCAAUGAAUCUAUUCGGGGAAAGUUACACGUUUGGUUUCAAAUUCAUCUUGACGUUGAAACAAUCGUUCCUCUUUUCACUCUUCUUAUGGUUUGUUUCCACUUGUUCAUGUCUGAGACUGUGUGGAUGGAAAAGGCUUCUCUGCUUUCGUCUGUUUUAUCUGUGUUGUAUGUUGAAACUCACCACGACGACACGUCUUCAUCAUGUACAUCCUGUAGUUUUACUCCUUUUUAAAAAAAUAUCUAUUUUAGAUUUCUUCUACAAGAUGUACACACAUGUACAUAAUGCUGAAUAUGCCUACAUGUUGUAAAGAUGGUUUAAUUUUACCCAAGUUUAAAUAAAGAUGUUUUUUGAACAAGGUAAAAAACUGUUG